UUCUCAGUUACCAGUCUCAUUUCUCACACGCCGUACUUCCAAACACUCUUUGAAAUUCUUGGUCUGUUAACCAUUUCUUCCCGAUCACAUGAUUUGUCUACACUGUGAGCAGUGAUCUGUUCUUCACAAGAAAUUGAAACAAGAAGCAAUGGGGAAACCUCUGUGCACUGUUUUGUUUCUCCUUCUAUUCGUAAAUUGUUGUUUUUCUUGGAAAAAAGAUGAGUUCAGAAACUGCAAUCAGACCCCAUUCUGCAAACGCGCCCGUUCACGGAAGCCGGGCGCCUGCUCCUUGAUCGCCACGGAUGUCUCCGUCUCUGACGGUGAUCUUGUGGCAAAACUCAUUUCUAAGGAGAAUAAUCAAGAAAAUUCUGAAAAUCAAGGGAAGCCCAUAAAGCCCUUGGUUAUCAGAAUAUCGGCAUAUCAGGAUGGAGUGAUGAGGGUGAAGAUUGACGAGGACCAAAGUUUAGGUCCACGAAAGAAGAGAUUUGAGGUGCCGGAUGUGAUUGUACCUGAGUUUUUGGAAAAGAAGCUGUGGCUGCAGAGGCUGAAAGAGGAGAAAAAUGAGGAUGGUUCGGGUAUCUUGUCUUUCGUUUAUCUUUCUGACGGGUUUGAAGGAGUGAUUAGGCAUGACCCUUUUGAGGUAUUUGUGAGGGAGAGUGGUAAAAAGGGUAAAAAGGUGUUGUCUUUGAACUCAAAUGGCUUGUUUGAUUUUGAACAGCUGAGGGAUAAAAAAGAGGAAAAUGAGGAUUGGGAGGAGAGGUUUAGGAGCCACACUGAUACAAGGCCCUACGGACCACAGAGUAUUAGCUUUGAUGUGUCGUUUUAUGAUGCUGAUUUUGUUUAUGGCAUUCCAGAACACGCCACUAGUUUAGCCUUAAAGCCAACUAAAGGGCCUGGAGUUGAGGAUUCUGAGCCCUAUAGGCUUUUUAAUCUUGAUGUUUUUGAGUAUAUCCAUGAUUCUCCUUUUGGGCUCUAUGGGACUGUUCCAUUCAUGAUAUCACAUGGUAAGUCACGAGGGAGUUCUGGGUUUUUCUGGCUGAAUGCUGCUGAAAUGCAGAUUGAUGUUUUGGGGCCUGGCUGGAAUGAUGAGUUCUCUUCGGUUUUAAUGUUACCUUCUGACCAGAAGAGGGUUGAUACCUUGUGGAUGAGUGAGGCUGGUGUGGUGGAUGCAUUCUUUUUUGUUGGUCCGGGGCCAAAAGAUGUAGUUAAGCAGUACACUAGUGUAACAGGAGCACCAGCCUUGCCUCAGCUGUUUGCUAUUGCCUACCAUCAGUGUAGGUGGAAUUAUAGAGAUGAGGAGGAUGUUUUCAGCGUUGAUGCGAAAUUUGAUGAGCAUGACAUUCCCUAUGAUGUUUUGUGGCUUGAUAUUGAGCAUACUGAUGGGAAGAGGUAUUUUACAUGGGACAAAAUGCUAUUUCCCAACCCACAAGAGAUGCAGAUGAAAUUAGCUGCAAAAGGUAGGCAUAUGGUGACUAUAGUUGACCCUCACAUCAAGCGGGAUGACUCAUAUUUCAUUCAUAAGGAGGCUUCCCAAAAAGGAUACUAUGUGAAGGAUGCAACUGGAAAGGAUUUUGAUGGAUGGUGCUGGCCUGGCUCUUCAUCAUACCUGGAUAUGGUGAAUCCAGAGAUUAGAUCCUGGUGGGCUGAUAAGUUCUCAUACGAUAAUUAUGUUGGUUCGACUCCAUCUUUGUACAUCUGGAAUGACAUGAAUGAACCUUCUGUCUUCAAUGGCCCAGAGGUCUCAAUGCCUAGAGAUGCUUUACACUAUGGAAAUGUUGAGCAUAGGGAGCUUCAUAAUGCCUAUGGCUACUACUUCCACAUGGCUACAGCUGAUGGGCUUGUUAAGCGAGGUGACGGAAAAGACAGACCUUUUGUUUUGUCAAGAGCCUUUUUCCCUGGGAGUCAAAGAUAUGGAGCAGUUUGGACAGGAGACAACUCAGCUGAAUGGGACCACUUAAGGGUUUCAGUUCCCAUGAUCCUGACACUCGGUUUAACAGGGAUCUCAUUCUCUGGUGCGGAUGUUGGUGGAUUUUUUGGUAAUCCUGAUACUGAGUUGUUGGUUCGCUGGUAUCAGCUGGGUGCCUAUUAUCCCUUCUUUAGAGCACAUGCUCAUCAUGACACCAAACGACGUGAACCUUGGUUGUUUGGGGAACGCAAUACAGAAGUUAUUAAGGAAGCCAUACAUGUACGCUAUAUGUUGCUUCCUUACUUUUACACAUUAUUCAGAGAGGCGAAUGCCAGUGGUGUUCCCGUCGCUCGUCCUCAACGAUGAGGCAUUUAUGGUUGGAAACAGUCUUUUGGUACAAGGAAUAUACACUCAGCGAGCCAAACACGUGUCUGUGUAUCUUCCUGGAGAUCAAUCUUGGUAUGACAUGAAAACUGGAACUGCUUACAAGGGAGGAGCAACUCAUAAGUUGGAAGUUUCGGACGAUAGCAUACCUGCUUUCCAACGGGCUGGUACCAUCAUACCAAGAAAAGACAGAUUUCGACGAAGCUCCACACAAAUGGAAAACGAUCCUUACACUCUGGUAAUAGCUCUCAAUAGUUCCAAAGCUGCUGAAGGCGAGCUCUAUGUUGAUGAUGGGAAGAGCUUUCAAUUCCAGAAAGGCGCAUAUAUACACCGACGUUUCACAUUUUCAAACGGGAAGCUUACGUCUUCGAACUUGGCCCCUGCAACAGCUGCCCUCAGCAAAUUUACCUCAGACUGCACUGUUGAGAGAAUCAUACUCUUAGGUCUGUCUCCUGAACCAAAGACUGCCUCUGUCGAACCAGGUAACGAGAAGGUAGAUAUUGAGUUGGGGCCACUUGUGCUUCGAGAAGGGAAGGGCCAAUCUGUUCUGACGAUCCGCAAGCCUAAUGUGCGAAUUUCAGAUGAUUGGACAAUCAAAGUUUUGUGAGAACUGCUUAGAGAGAGUGGCACUCGCCUUGGAUCAUAGGAUCUUGUCAAUGAGGAACGUGUCCGAUUUGAUUAGACACUAGAAUAAUCUAGCUGUGUAACUGUUCUUUUACAGAAUCCAAUAUGGGAAUAUUGAUCGGCCAGGAUUAUUCCGCGUUCGAUAAUUGUGUUUGUUUCUUUCCUGGAUCGUCAUUUUCUCAGGACUGCAUUUGGAUGGAAGGAUCUGCAGAAAGAAUUCGAAUGACUUACACUGAACGAUUUUGGAAUUCA